UCCUCACAUUUGCUUCUGACAUAGUUGUGUUGACUCACAACCCCAGAAACAGACAUCAUGGUGCACCUGACUGAUGCUGAGAAGGCUGCUGUCUCCGGCCUGUGGGGAAAGGUGAACGCCGAUGCAGUUGGUGCUGAGGCCCUGGGCAGGCUGCUGGUUGUCUACCCUUGGACCCAGAGGUACUUUGAUAACUUUGGAGACCUAUCCUCUGCCUCUGCUAUCAUGGGUAACGCCAAGGUGAAGGCCCAUGGCAAGAAGGUGAUAACUGCCUUUAACGAUGGCCUGAAUCACCUGGACAGCCUCAAGAGCACCUUUGCCAGCCUCAGUGAGCUCCACUGCGACAAGCUGCAUGUGGAUCCUGAGAACUUCAGGCUCCUGGGCAAUAUGAUUGUGAUUACGCUGGGCCACCACCUGGGCAAGGAUUUCACCCCCAGUGCACAGGCUGCCUUCCAGAAGGUGGUGGCUGGAGUGGCCACUGCCCUGGCUCACAAGUACCACUAAGCCCCCUUCCUGCUCUUGCCUGUGAACAAUGGUCAGUUGUUCUCAAGAGAGCAUCUAUCAGUUGUUGGCAAAAUGAUAAAGACAUUUGAAAAUCUGUCUUCUGACAAAUAAAAAGGAUUUUUGUUCACUGCAA